GACUCCUCCUUACCCGAAGAUCAGAGAGAGCAUUAGCAUUUAGCAACACCAGCGAGCCCAAUCCUCCCCUCCCAUUCUCCUCACCGAUUCCCCGAACUCCCUCACGAACCCCAUCGCCCCGCCUCUCCUCGCCGAGCGGGGUCGAUCGCGCCAUGCCGCCGCGCGAGAACUCCAACGGCGGCGGUGGCGGAGCGUCCGCGGGCUCCCCGCCGCAGUCGACCAAGGGCAAGGGGAAGAUGAAGGACGACGAUCUGUCGGACGAGGACCUCGAGCUCAAGGAGCGACUCGAGCUGUGCGUGCUGCGGGCGCAGGAUGCCGAUCCCGCCGUCCGGGGCUUCGCUCUCGAGACCUUGAGGCAAGAGAUUCGUACAGCGACAAGCUCAAUGACGUCCGUCCCGAAACCUCUCAAAUUCCUCCGCCCACACUAUGGAGCUCUCAAGGCUUACUUUGAGACUGUUCCAGAGUUUGAUCUGAAGACAAAUAUGGCUGACAUUCUGUCAGUGUUGGCCUUGACAAUGUCUACCGAAGGAAAAAGGGAGAGCCUCAAGUACUGUAUGAUGGGCUCUCACGAUGAUAUAGGUUCAUGGGGUCAUGAAUAUGUGAGAAACUUGGCUGGUGAAAUUAUACAGGAAAUCCAGGCUGAGAAAAAAGACAAUCCAUUUGAAGUCCCAAUCAGACUAGUACAGAAAAUUGUCGCGUUUCACAUGAAGCAUAAUGCUGAGCAUGAAGCUGUGGAUCUUUUGAUGGAGGUCGAUGACCUUGAGGAGCUACAUGUGCAAGUUGUCUCUACAAACUACAAAAGGGCAUGCUUGUACAUCACUAGUUGUUCUAAAUACCUUCUUACCCCCGAUGAUCUGUCGGCACUUUGUCUUGUUCAUAACAUGUACAUGAAGUUUGGGGAACUUGAAAGUGCUUUGCGGAUCGGGCUUCUGCUUGACGACAGCAAGUGUGUGAAGAAGGUUUUUGCAGCAACUGGUGAUUUUCCCCUGAAGCAGCAAUUCGCAUAUAUCAUAGCACGCUAUGGUUUAAGCAUGGAGAUCCAUGCCGAGAUGGCUGCAGAUGAAAAUGAGAAGGAUGCUUUGCAGGAAAUAGUUUAUAACAGAAAAUUAAGUGAGGGGUACCUUGCCCUUGCACGGGAUAUUUGUGUCAUGGAGCCAAAAUCUCCAGAGGACAUAUAUAAGGAACAUCUGAUUCACCGACGCGGUGGUAUAAUCUCCAGCCUUGUUUCCGCAAAACAGAAUUUGGCCGCAACAUUUGUCAACGCAUUUGUGAAUGCUGGAUUUGGACAGGACGAGCUCAUGACUGUCCCAUCAGCUUCAUCUGGUGAUGGUUGUUCUGGAAUCUGGCUAUUCAUGAACGAAGGACACAUGAGAUCUAGUGCGGCAGCUAGUCUGGGCAUGAUUCUUCUGUGGGAUCCUGAUUCAGGACUUACCAAAUUUGAAAAGUACCUGCACAGCAAUAACACUGAUAUUAUUGCAGGAGCUUUGUUAGGUAUUGGAAUUGUCUCUUGCGGUGUGAGGAAUAAUUCAGAUCCUGCACUAGUUCGUAUUUCCGAGCAUAUGAAAACUGAUAAUUCAUUUCAACGACUUGGGGGAAUAUUGGGACUUGGUAUUGCUUAUGCUGGCUCCCAGAACAACAAGGUUAGAGCAUGUUUGUCAUUUAUACUGAGUGACCACCGAACACCUUUUGAGCUCUUAGUAUUCUGUGCCAUCUCCUUGGGAUUGGUAUUUGUUGGGUCCUGCAAUGAAGAGAUUGCAGAGUCAAUCAUAUUUGUAUUGAUGGAUCGUACUAAAGCACAGCUUGCAAAUCCCAUUAUACGUCUGCUUCCUGUUGCCCUUGGCCUCCUGUAUCUUGGAAAACAGGAGGCUGUGGAUGCUACUGUCGAGGUUUCUAAAACAUUUGAUGGAAAGAUAAAGAAGUAUUGUGUCGUGACUCUUAUGUCUUUGGCAUAUGCUGGAACAGGGAAUGUGGACAAGGUGCAGAAACUCCUUCGUAUUUGCUCAAAGCGUCAUAAGAAAGGUGGAACUCGUCAAGGACCAGCAGUCAUUGGAAUUGCUCUUGUUACCAUGGCUGAAGAAUUAGGAGUUGAAAUGGCUGUAAGGCUCUUUGAGCGCCUUUUACAGUAUGGUGAUCAUAAUAUUAGAAGGGCGGUUCCUCUUGCUCUAGGCAUGCUCUGCAUAUCUAAUCCAAAGGCAAACGUUAUUGACACACUGAGCAGGCUGAGCAAUGAUGAGAACAGUGAAGUAUCAAUGGCUUCAAUCAUCUCACUGGGUUUGAUAGGUGCCGGUACUAACAAUGCCCGCAUAGCUAAAUUGCUUCGUGGCCUCUCAAGUCACUGCAAGAGCGACAAUUCUUUGUUUUGCGUGAGGAUUGCUCAAGGUUUUGUUCACCUGGGGAAGGGCUUGUUGACACUUGACCCAUACCACUCCAACCGGCAACUUCUAUCCCCUGUAGCGCUAGCUGGUCUUGUAACCGUUCUGCAUGCAUGCCUUAACAUGAAUUCCACCAUUCUCGGAGAGUACCACUGCCUUCUGUACAUCCUUGUCCUUGCUAUGCAGCCUAGGAUGUUACUGACGGUGAAUGAGGAUCUCAAGCCCCUUUCUGUACCUGUUCGUGCCGGCCAAGCAGUUGACGUGGUUGGUCAGGCGGGAAGACCCAGGACAGUCACUGGAUUCCAGACGCACUUGACACCUGUACUGCUUGGGGCAGGCGAACGAGCCGAGCUAGCAACUGAAAAAUAUCUUCCACUGACGCCAGUUCUGGAGGGCUUUGUGAUCCUGAGGAAGAACCCAGAGUGUCACGAAGAUUGAGAGAUCGGUGCGAGGCAAGCCAAGGCAGGAAGAGCCUGUGAACUGGAGUGUCACGAAGAGGCUUAGAUCACACUUCACACAAGCAAAGGGGCAAUGACGUACAUGGUGAAGAGGCAAAUUUUGCCUUCGCCGAAGUAGUUGUAACUGAGCCUGCAUAGGUUGUACAGUACAGUAGUAUUUUUCUUUCUUUCUUUUGAGAGGGGUUCUGUACAGGCAUGGGGUCAAUGUGAAGAGGAUAAGCAUCUUUGUCGGAACUGGGAGCAGAACCAGUGGGUGUGAUGGCUGGCAUAACAUAGCCUGAUUUUCUGUGUUUUGAAUCACUAGACGAGAGCAUUUUUGUGUUUCCCAGAACGAAACCGGCCAUGUUCCUUAACAUGUGCAUAUAGUCUUUUGAGAUCCAUAUAUAAAGAUACACUCAGUUCUAUGCU